CGGUCACCCAAAUUUCCAGAGCAAUCCAAAAAAAAAAGAGUAUAAAGGAGUAAAACCUGCGGCAUUCAAAGGAAAAUCGAGGAAAAUUUACAGCAAAAUGGUUGACUAUAGCAAGUGGAAGAACAUCGAGAUUUCUGACGAUGAGGACGACACACACCCGAACAUCGACACGCCUUCCCUGUUCCGCUGGCGGCACCAGGCCCGCGUGGAGCGCAUGGCGGAGAUGGAUAAGGAGAAGGACGAGAUGAAGAAGAAGCGCCAGAGCUAUCAGGCACGCCUCAUGGACGUCAAGGAGCGGAUUUCAAAGAAGGAGGGCGACGAGGAGGCCCUUAAGAAGGAGCUAGAGAAGAUCGAGAGCGAGGGCAAGGAGUUGGAUCGCAUCGAGAACGAUAUGCUGAAAAAGGAAAAGAAGACGCCCUGGAAUGUGGACACCAUUAGCAAACCCGGUUUCGAGAAGACUGUGAUCAAUAAGAAGGCCGGGCGCAAGCCCGACGAGAAUCUGUCUGAGGAGGAGCGCGAGAAGCGCAUGAAGCAGUUCGUCAAGGAGAACGAGAAGCUCUGCAAGCAGUACGGCAUGCUGCGCAAGUACGAUGACUCCAAGCGCUUCCUGCAGGACCACCUGCAGCUGGUGGGCGAGGAGACGGCCAACUAUUUGGUCAUCUGGUCGAUCAACCUAGAGAUGGAGGAGAAGCAUGAGCUUAUGGCCCACGUGGCGCAUCAGUGCAUCUGCAUGCAGUACAUCCUGGAGCUGGCCAAGCAGUUGGACGUGGACCCGCGGGCCUGCGUCAGCUCCUUCUUCUCCAAGAUCCAGCACUGUCAGCCGGAGUACCGGGCGCAGUUUGAGAGCGAAAUUGAGGGUUUCAAGGGACGCAUCCAGAAAAGGGCGCAGGAAAAGAUCCAGGAGGCGAUAGCCCAGGCCGAGGAGGAAGAACGCAAGGAGCGUCUCGGACCCGGUGGCCUGGACCCGGCCGAUGUCUUUGAAUCCCUGCCAGAUGAACUGAAGGCCUGCUUCGAGUCUCGGGAUGUGGAGCUGCUGCAAAAGACCAUCGCCGCCAUGCCUGUGGACGUGGCCAAGUUGCACAUGAAGCGUUGCGUUGACUCUGGCCUCUGGGUGCCCAAUGCAGCUGAUUUGGCUGGUGACAAGGAAGACCAGGAGGAGGAGGAUGAGGAAUCAGAUGGCGCUGCCGGCGGUGAGAAGACCGACGACGCCAAAUCGGAACGGGCGGCCAAGGAGGAGGAGCCCAUUUACACUGGCGUCAGCACCGAGGACGUUGACUGAUCGCUGCCACCCGUUCCAACUCCACCAUAGCUCUAAUAUUAAUGUACUGUUCACAUGCAUACUUCAUCCAUAACCAGAUCCCCGCGUCAGUUGAGUUUUUGUAUAUAAUUUGAAUAAAGUCAGCGCUAAAUUCUCA